AUGCAUCAGCGGCACCAGGAGGCGGAGCCAAUUUUCAGGGAAGCUGCUGCGGCGGUCCUGGCGCAGUGGACACUCCUCAACUUAGCCGUUGAGCAAGGAUGGGGUGGAAGGGAUUCACAUCGAAAGCGGCAGAAGCUGUAUGAAGACCUCAUUGCUGAGUUUCGCGAGAACAAAAACGUUGACGUGGAGGACUUGGCAUGCACGCUUUCAGAGAGGCUCGCAAGCGAUUUUUCGGUCUCAGUUGAAGACGACAGCGACUUGGAGGUGGCUCAGCUGUUGGUAGAUUUGCAUGAGCAGAUCAGCCGGGGUUGCUUCGACUUAGCUUCCGUAGUGAAACAGCAGCAGAGUCAGCGCGCGACUUCAAGCGCAAAAUCUCAGUGUGGGAAUGCUCGUGAAGCUGAAGCUGACUGUAGUAUGAGUGAGGGCAGUGACGCUGAAGGGGAGAUAGAAGACCUCAUGUCAUCUGUGGAGAUCGCUCCGAGCCCAAACGAAGGCAUCGCUUCAACACGCUCCCGUCAAACAGCAGGAGCAACAAAUGAGCUACAGCCAGAAGAACACCAUUCGGGAGCGGAUGGAUGGACAACUGUACAGGCAGGGGGACGCAGGAAACCUCGCUAA